UAUUGCAGCCAAUCUAAAAACAGCUUAGCAUACUCAACCCCACAAGAGGUCUGGGAUGGUGGCCUACAAACGAUUAAUAAUACUAUAUGAGCAAGCAAACGUCAAUCUCCUAAUGAAGUUUCCACCACUUAGCAACAUACGUGACCGCAUUUGACUCAAGAACUGCCUUUAAGAAACUGCCUUUAAAAGCCCUCCAACACAGCAUCUCUUCCACACUUCUUUACCCUUUGCUUCACUAAGAAAACCAAGAAAUAACCAGCUUUCACCUCUCUUCUUCCUUACACAAAACUUAUAGCUUUUUAGCAUAACAAUUAAUUGAAUAACCCAUUUCAGAGAAAUGGUGUCAUGUGAGCUAUGUAGACAAAGUGCAGAACUAGUGCUAAAAGUUGUCCUACUUCUCUUGCUCAACUUAGCUGAUCAUAACACCAACCACUGUUCUUACCUUCCUCAAGCCACUCAAGAUUUCACAAACGUAAGUGCACAUGAUCUAGUAUCAUCACUUAAAAAGUUGAAUCUAAAUGGUCAAUUUGAUUUUGACAACACCCGUCGUGUAGCAAAUGAUUUUGGCAACAGAUACCAUUUCCUUCCAAUGGCAGUUCUGUCCCCAAAAAAAGUAUCAGACAUCUCUUCUACUGUUAAACAUGUCUUCAAUAAGGGUUAUAACUCAGACCUCACGGUUACAGCAAGAGGCCAUGGUCACUCACUUCAAGGGCAAUCACAAAGUCAUGGUGGCAUAGUCAUCAGCAUGGAAUCAUUAGAUGAACCAAAAAUGCAUGUUCAAACAGGGGAGCGCCCCUAUGUUGAUGUUUCUGGAGGUGAAUUGUGGAUAAACAUUCUGCAUGAGACACUAAAAUACGGAUUAACACCUAAGUCAUGGACCGACUACCUAUAUUUAACCGUCGGAGGGACCCUGUCAAACGGCGGGAUUAGUGGACAGGCGUUCAGACAUGGACCUCAAAUAAAUAAUGUUCACCAGCUGGAAGUUGUCACUGGAAAGGGAGAAGUAGUGAACUGCUCAAAAGAAGAGAACGCUGAUCUCUUUCAUGGUGUUCUUGGGGGAUUAGGACAGUUUGGCAUCAUUACCAGAGCAAGAAUUUCUCUAGAGCCAGCUCCAAAAAUGGUGAAAUGGAUUAGAGUGCUUUACUCAGAUUUCAACUUAUUCACCAUGGAACAGGAAAAGCUAAUAUCAUCAGAUAAUUCCUUUGAUUAUAUUGAAGGUUUUGUCAUAAUAAACAGGACAGGUCUUGUUAACAACUGGAGAUCUACUUUUAGCCCCAAAGACCCCCUUCAAGCUAGUCAGUUCAUCUCUGAAGGAAAAACUCUAUACUGCCUCGAAAUGGCGAAGUACUUUAACUCUGAAGAUGCGAACAUUAUAAAUCAGAAAACAGAAUUUUUGUUGUCCAAAUUAAACUACAUCCCUCACACACUUUUCCAGUCAGAAGCAUCAUACGGGGACUUCCUAAACAGAGUUCACCUAUCAGAAAUAAAGCUCCGAGCAAAAGGACUGUGGGAUGUUCCUCAUCCCUGGUUAAAUCUUCUUGUUCCCAAGAGUAAGAUACACAGUUUUUCUGAAGAAGUAUUUGGUCAUAUCCUCACAGAUACAAGCAAUGGGCCAAUCCUCAUUUAUCCUGUCAACCAGUCUAGGCGAGAAACUAAUGUAGACAUUGCGUUGUCCUUCUCAGAUGGAAUGACAAGACAUCUAUGGUGACCCCAGAGGAAGAUGUUUUCUACCUUGUUGCAUUUCUGUCAUCUGCAAUACCAUCUUCAUCUGGAUCAGACGGUUUAGAAAAUAUUUUAACAAAAAACAAACAUAUACUAGAUUUCUGUGAGAUGAAAAAGCUCGGGAUUAAGCAAUAUCUUCCACAUUACGACACUCAGGAAAGAUGGCAAACUCAUUUUGGGACUAGAUGGGAUGAUUUUGCACGACGGAAACUCAACUAUGACCCUCUAGCAAUCCUCACACCAGGACAAAGGAUUUUCCGUAAAGGAAGAUCCAUUUCGUGAUAUUGGGCAUCAUCUCAAGAACUGAUUCAAAUAGUAUGACUCAACGGAAAAAGUUAGAGAAGCACCAAGGCCGUUGUCAGUAAGUAGCCCAUCUACAUAACUGAAGCGACUUUCAGCACACUAGGGCUAGUGACUUUAGUUUCAGGGAGGAUACAAUUUCAUUGAUGUACAUUUUUGUUCUUUUAAACGCUCUCAUAACAAUUCAGAGCAAGACACCAAUAUUUAUUCUGUGAUUGAAGAUAAACUGAGGAAAAUCCAGUUGCAUAAGCCAAAUGAGAAUGUAAAGUUUAAAAGACAACUUCAGAACAGAAAAUAUUUUUUUUCUAGAGUUGGUCGACUAAAAAGGAUUCUCAAAAUGAGUAAAUGACCCACAGAAAAAGACGCUCCAAGAUUGCCUUUUGGUAGUUAAACGAUAAAGCAUACUUCAUAGUAUAAGGAAAAGACACACGGAAUGUGCGGUGAACAUACCUAAAACAAGUUCAAAAUUUGUAAGCAAACUCCAAAAGAU